CAAAUUCGAAACGAUACAGGAGCCAAUUUAAAACAAAACUCACAAUGAAAAUGUUGUUAUUUGGGCUGUAAAUCAGAAAAAAUUUUAUGUGUAACAUUUGUCAUCAAAAUUUGUUAUAACCCCCCACAAACACAAAAAAAAAAGUUUAUAAACAUUGUGUGGUGCUGUGUUAUGCAGAGUCCAUUUUUUGUCACAGCUAAAUUUCUAGUUCCAUGGUGUGUGUACGGCUACUGCUGCUGCUGCCCCAUCCCGUUGUGCAUAUCUAUACACAAACACCCAUAAAUAUUUAGUCGCUAAAACACACUCAAAAUGUUGGAAGAUGAUAAUUCGGAUCUGUUGGUCUGUGCCACAGAGAUGCAAGAAGAUCGUCUAUUCUUUGUGGUAUUCAAAAAGAACAUCAAGCCAAAGAAUACUGCAAAUACCCAUUACUUUAGUAUAGACGAAGAGUAUGUCUAUGAGAACUUUUAUAACGACUUCGGGCCGCUAAAUAUAUGCAUACUGUAUCGCUAUUGCAUGAAGCUCAACACCAAACUGAGUGCCAAGAGUCACGCGAACAAAAAAAUCGUGCACUACACCUCCAUGAAUCCGGCGAAGCGUCUCAAUGCGGCCUACCUGAUUGGUUCGUAUGCAAUAAUUUACCUGAAGAAAACUCCAGAGGAGGCCUACAGACUGCUCGCAACUGGAGAUGUACCCGCAUAUACACGCUUCUGUGAUGCCAGCUAUGGGCCCAGCAGCUUUAAGAUCUCGCUGCUCGACUGCCUCAAUGCCAUACAUAAGAGCCUGCAGGCGGGCUUCCUUAACUUCAAUGACUUUGAUGCGGAGGAGUACGAGUACUUUGAGCGUGUUGAGAACGGCGAUUUUAAUUGGAUAGUGCCGCAAAAGUUUAUAGCAUUCUGUGGACCACAUCAGAAGUCCAAGACGUUGCCAAACGGCUAUCCAUGCCAUGCGCCUGAGCGUUACUUUAGCUACUUCAGGGACAACAAUGUGACGACUGUGAUCCGUUUGAAUGCGAAGGUCUACCAUGCCUCAUCCUUUGAGAAUGCCGGUUUCGAUCACAAGGACCUAUUCUUUAUCGAUGGCAGCACGCCCAGCGAUGCCAUUCUCAAGAAAUUUCUGUCCAUAUGUGAGACUACAAAGGGCGCCAUUGCGGUGCAUUGUAAGGCGGGCUUGGGACGCACUGGAAGCCUCAUUGGUGCCUACAUAAUGAAGCAUUAUGGCUUCAGUGCGCUAGAGGCCAUCGCAUGGCUGCGUUUGUGCCGACCCGGCUCGGUGAUUGGUCAUCAGCAGCAGUGGAUGGAGGACAAACAGAGCUGGCUAUGGUCCGAGGGAGAACGCAUGCGCCGGCGCAACGCCUUGUCGAUGUUGCAGCACAAGUAUGGCAUCUACAGCAUCGAGCUUAAGAACAAGUUCUCCAAGAGUGAGAUGUUCGAAGAAAAGCCGCUGCCGUUGGCAUCGUCUGAUCCCUUCGACCAUGUUGAUUUGCUGCUGACUCGCGUAAAGGGCAUCUCACAGCGUGUGGACACAAUGCAUUUGAAUGAUCAGGAUACAUUGGAUGCGGCCUGUGAUCAAACCGAUGAGGAGCUUUCGGAGCAGCAGCUGGAACUGCAGGAAUUGCAUUAUCACUCGACGGACGAGACCAAUUGCAAUGGCAGCGAUAAUGAUACGGACACGGCCAGUGCCGCAGCCGAUCAGUCGCUCACUUCCACCUACACAAUCUCAACGCGCCGUCGCAAGUCGCCCUCGAAUGCCAACAAGCCAACGGUAAUAGCAAACUCGCUGCGUCGUCUGGUCAAUCCCGGCGUCGGUAACAUUCGCAACAAUAGCAACGGCAACCACAGCGCCAUGUCCAACAUCCUCGAUCCACCCGGCAGCAGCUGCACCGAGAAGAAACUGCGCAAGCCCAGCUCCAAUGUGAUUGAGGCGGCGCGUCAUACGAUUGCGUCCUCGGUGCGCAUGACGCAAACGGCGCUGGAGAAGAAGCAGACCCAAACGCAGGGCGACAAACUCAAUCAGAUCAAGGCGCUGCGUCGGCAUCAUUCGCGUAUUGUGAACAGCAACAGCGAGUCUGAUCAGAAUCAGCGACAUACGCGCGCCCGCUCUCAGCCAUUUCGCAACAACAACAAUGUGGUUAAUGUGUCUACGGCGUCAUUGGGCUUUAAAGCCGGCAGUUGUUUGCCAGCCAAUGCAGCAUCAACAACAACAGCAACGACGGCAGCAACAACAUCACAUAAUCUUAACAACAAUAACUACAAUAAUCUGAACUCUUUGCAUAACUGUAACAACAAUAGCACUAACAACAACAACAACAACAAUGUGCAGACCAAUGCGGCCAGUCGCACACGCAGUCUGGCCAUCUAUAGCAAGAGACACAAGCCGGCUUAGUAUGGGCAUCUAUGGCGGCAACGGACGUGCCGCUAGCGACGAGCAGCGUGCCAUCAUCAACGAGCAUCAUUUUAAUAACCUGGUCAGCAGCAAGCGGAACAAGCGCUCCCUCAGCUCUACACGCA